AUGUCUUCGACAUCUGUGCUCCCUUGUGACACAUGCAUGUACAGGAAAAAUGAUAAUCCGGCCGCACAUUGGUGUUCCGAAUGUGAAGAAGGGCUGUGUGGUGAUUGUUAUACUCACCAUACGCAUUCAAAAACAUCAAGAAAACAUGGCAUCAUAACUAUCGAUGAAUAUGAACAACUUCCGGCCUUCAUUCACGAGAAAAAGCACUACUGUAAUGAGCAUGAUGAAAAAUAUGAUUACUUUUGUCCAGUACAUAAGACUCCAUGUUGUAAAAUAUCCACAGAUACCGAGCACAAAAACUGCAAAGGCUUAUCUUCAAUCAGUGACAUUGUACACGGAGUCAAAAAGUCUGCCGCUUUUUCUGAAAUGUCCUCAACCAUCGAAAAUAUCCAAUUUAAUAUGGACAAAAUUCUAAAAGAUAAAGAAACAAAUUUGAAAACCAUUCAUGAGAGCAAAAUAAAAUUUCAAAGCGAGAUCAAAGAAAUUCGAGAAAAGUUGGUAAAUCUCUUUGAUAAACUUGAGAGAAAGUUACAAGAUGAACUGGAGUCUAUCGAAAAGAAAAUCUUACAACAAUCUGAAGAUUUUAUCAAAGAAGUCACAGACGGCAAGAGCAAAGUGAUUAAAAUUCAAGAGAACAUUGAUGCAAUUAAAAAACAUGCAACAGAUUUUCAGGCAUUCGUUGGAAUGAAUGAAUUAAAAGAUGAAGUGGAAAAUAGUAAGGAAUAUUUACAGCUCCUAUAUGGGGAUACCCGGCUAGAUAGAAUCAAUAUUCAUUGCAAUAUAAAUGAAAAGAUAAAGCUAUUUUUAAUUGACUUACAGACAUUUGGAGAUAUUCAAGAAGAAAGAAGUUCUGCGAAACAUGUGUUCCAACUUAAUAUUCAAGAUACGAAAGAAACACAUGAAAAAAGUAAAACUUCCGAGUCAAAAAUUCAAAAAUCAAGAUCUGACCCAGUUGCAAAGGCAAAAGUCAAACGUACUCUUAUUGUUCCAGCAGGUUCGAAUAAAAAUACCAUCACAAGCUGCGCCAUUUUGCCCAAUGGAAAAUUUGCUUUUGUAGAUGGCACAUACAACCAUCGAAUAGUAAUAAUGGAUAGCACUGGCACAUCUAGUGGUGAAAUUUCGUUGUCACCUUUGUUUGCAUUUGAUGUCACGUGUAUAGACAAUAAAACAAUCGCUAUUACAACCGGAAGUAGCGGACAAAUAGCUUUCGCAAAUAUUCUGUCGAAGAAAAUAAAAAAGUCUAUUGGCACAACCUGGCAAUGCGACGGAAUAACUCAUGUAGAUGGAAAAGUUAUUUUUUCUGUUUAUUCGAAAGGCAUACAUGUGUUACACUUAGACACUGGUCAUAUUUCCGUAAUUCAUAAAGCAAAUAUAACUGUCGAUACUUAUGUAACGUCACUCGGUGACAAGAUAUAUCAUACAAACUGGAAAACCAAUAGUGUGACAUGUUUCGAUAUGGAUGGCAACAGUUUGUGGACUUAUGAAGAUGAAAAGGUUCUUCAAAAACCGCGAGGAAUUGCCGUUGACACUCAACAUAACGUUUACGUAGCGUCACUGGGAAAUGAGAGUAUCGUGGUUAUUUCCUCUAAUGGAAAAGAAGGGCGGCAGCUUCUAACUAAAAAGGAUGGAAUUGAAAAUGUCCGUGCUAUCUAUCAUGAUAAGGUUAGCAACUGCUUGCUCGUAUGUACAUUGUCAGGUUCAGCAGUCCUCUUUGAAAUUUAA